GAAUGUCUUGGAUUUGAUGCAAGAGUUGCUAAUAAGUGAUAUCCGGGACAAUCGCAUAGAGAGCUGUAGUGGCGGUCAAAUCAAACGCAUUUGCAUUGCACUCGAGUUGACAUCCAUUUCCAAACCAUACCUACUGUUCAUCGAUGAGCCCACCACUGGUCUCGACACACAUGCGGCACAAGUCGUCAUCCAAUGUCUGAAACAACUGUCCCGUAAACACAACAUAUCAGUCAUCGUUAGCAUCCAUCAGCCAAACAACGAUUUGUUUCACAUGUUUGACAACAUCUAUGUAUUGGCCAAAGGAGGUCAUUGUCUCUACGAUGGAGUUCCCAAACAAUUGAGACAACAUCUCAUGGAUUGUUACAUA